AUGAGCAAGAUGGCAGCCUCCGAGACGGUUAGGCUACGGCUUCAAUUUGACUACCCGCCGCCGGCCACUCCACACUGCACGGUCUUCUGGCUUCUGGUUGACCUAAACAGAUGCCGAGUUGUCACGGAUCUCAUCAGUCUCAUCCGCCAGCGCUUCGGCUUCAGUUCCGGGGCGCUCCUGGGCCUCUAUUUGGAAGGGGGGCUGCUGCCCCCUGCUGAGAGCGCGCGCCUGGUGAGAGACAACGACUGCCUCAGGGUUAAGUUAGAAGACCAAGGACUUCCUGAGAAUUUGAUAGUAAGCAAUGGUGGCGACUCUAACUUCCCAUGUAGGAAAGCGAAGAAGCGGGCUUUGAAGUUGAUGGAGGAUGAGGAAACGGACCAGGGGUAUAAGUGUUUGAAGAAGCACUGGAAGAGGCAGGACAACAGCCAUAAUGAGAAGGCCUCGGACCUGGAAACCAAAGUCUUCCUGGAUGAGAUGGGGCAGACAAAGAGCAAGAGAAAAAGCAAAGUGACAGGCAGCCCAGCCGAGGAGGACGAGGAAGACUCCAAAAAGAAGUCUUCAAAAAGAAAGGAGAAAUGUGAACAGAAGAAGCAGACCAGGGCCUCCAAGUCUCCCAAACGACACACACCUAAAGAGGGGGGCUCACAGAACUGCAGCUUCUCCAAGGCCUCCCCCAGAAGCAGCCUUGCUAAAGCCCGGAGGAGAAGCAGCACAGGACCAAAAGGCAGCUCGAGCUACCUGUCAGAGUCUGAGUCCUGUCCAGAGUCAGUCAGCGAUGGCCACUGUAGUAUCACGAUGCAGGGGAUCACCUUUUCAGAGAAACUGUCAGCUGAGUUGUUGAAAGAUGGACCUGCUACAAAAACUGCCGGCAACAGACAGGCCUCAAAGCCUGGCUUUACCUUCAACUCCGGCAAGGGCAAGGCCUCCAAAACCUCAUCAUCUAGUUCAGACUCCAGUUCAGAGUCGGAAGACCAGUUCCUGGUGUCCAAGAACAUGCUCGAGGGCCCGCCUGACUUCUUAAAGACAACAGGCCUCUUUGCAGGGCAGGGGUGUUCCAGUCCAGGGCUGUCCUUGGAGACUCCGGGUAUUAUGGGAUGGAAACCUUCUGACUCAAACAGAGGCAGACAAGCUCCUGGUCCUCCCAAUGUGCCUGUCCCCACAAGUUUGGGAAGAGGAUGGGGGCGAGGAGAGGACUUCUUGUUUGGGAAGGGACUGAGGGGCCGGGGUGUUCGGGGCCGAGGGCGAGGACGAGGGCAAGCUGUCUCCUGUAUCUUAAAUAGAAGCUCUGAGAGCCAGAAGCAGAAACAGUUAAAUGAUAUUCUAACAAACUCAUCCAUGGUGAUCCAGAAUCCAGUAGAGACCCCCAAGAAGGAUUAUAGUCUAUUACCACUGUUGGCAGCUGCCCCUCAAGUCGGAGAAAAGAUUGCAUUUAAGCUUUUGGAGCUCACAUCUGACUACUCUCCUGAUGUCUCUGACUACAAGGUAAGGCUGUUUUCUAUGAAAACAAUGGAGUUAGCUGGUGGUGGGGGUGCACCUGUUGUCCAAACUACUCAGGACUCGGAGGCAGGAAAUCAUUUACAGCUAGCCUGGACAGUAUAA